UCGGUGUGACAGAAUUUCGCUCUUUCCGCGGACGAGACCCGAGGAAAGAAGCCCAGAAAGACAUACCAUGGGGCAAACAGUGAAGGAAGAGUCAAUGGAUGCCAAGAAGGAGAAUCAAGAGAAAGCAAGUCAAUCAAGCACAUCUUCUGUGCAGAAUGAUGAUUUUCAGUGGGAGAAUUACUUGAAAGAGACUGGUUCUUUAAGUGCUCCUUCAGAGUGUUUUAGACAGUCUCAGAUUCCACCAGCCAAUGACUUCAAAGUUGGUAUGAAAUUGGAAGCCCAUGAUCCUCGAAAUACUACUUCGAUAUGUAUUGCUACAGUCAUCGGCACUACAGGUGCCAGGCUUCGUUUAAGAUUGGAUGGCAGUGAUAAUAGAAAUGAUUUUUGGAGACUUGUUGAUUCUCCUGACAUACAGCCUGUUGGGACGUGUGAAAAGGAGGGGGAUUUACUUCAGCCUCCACUGGGGUACCAGAUGAAUGUGUCAUCUUGGCCGAUGUUCCUUUUACGAACAUUGAAUGGAUCGGAAAUGGCACCUGCAACAUUCUUUAAGAAGGAACCACCAAAGCCACCUCUAAAUAAUUUUAAAGUGGGGAUGAAACUGGAAGCUAUAGAUAGAAAAAAUCCGUAUCUCAUCUGCCCUGCAACGAUUGGAGAUGUUAAAGGAGAUGAAGUUAAUAUCACAUUCGAUGGCUGGAGUGGAGCGUUUGAUUACUGGUGCAAGUAUGAUUGUCGAGAUAUUUUUCCAGUCGGGUGGUGUCGCCUAACAGGAGAUGUAUUACAGCCACCGGGAACUAAUGUUUCCAUUACCAAGAAUAUAGCCAAAGCAACCCAGCGUUCAAUGCAGACUUCACAGAAAACUGCUGUAAUAUUACCAACACAGCAGAUCAAGAAAUCAGGUCGGGCUAAACCACCAGUCCCCAAGAAGAGAGCUUCUGUUAAAAAUCCCACCCCAAGGAAAAGAGGGACAACUUCAGGAAGAAAGGAAAAGCCUUUUCCUGCCUUUUGUUCCACCUCUUCAGCUUCUAUAAGUGCAUUAGCCAGAGAACGUGGCUUUUCAUAUGAUAAGAAUAUCUCUUCUGGAAUGUGUAAAAUAGUGAUGUCUACAGUGUGUGUCUAUAUAAACAAAAAUGGAGACUGUGGUCCUCACUUGGACCAGAAGAAAAUCCAGCAGCUGCCUGACCACUUUGGCCCUGGCCCAGUUAAUGUGGUUCUUCGGCGGACUGUGCAGGCCUGUGUGGAUUGUGCCUUUCAAAGUAAGACUGUUUUUGGAUUUCUUAAGCCAGAUCAUCGUGGAGGAGAAGUGAUAACUGCUACCUUUGAUGGGGAAACUCAUUCCAUCCAGCUCCCUCCGGUGAAUAGUGCAUCAUUUGCGCUUCGCUUUCUUGAGACCUUGUGCCACAACCUGCAGUGUGAUAACCUUUUGAGUAGCCAGCCUUUUAGCUCUUACAGAGGUAAUACCCAUAGCCUUGCAGAACAUGAUAAAAAUAAAUCAGUAAAAGAAGAUGUAGAAAACAAAAGCAUCAAACGACCUUCUGAGCAACCUCCACCUUAUAUUAUUCCGCUCUCUCCUAAACUACCCAAAACAAUGGUGCAAGCCACUAAAGAAGAACCAUUGUCUUCUGAGGGCAGUAGCAUGCCCAAAUUGGAGAAGCUUCCUGACGAUUCUAAGACUCCACCACUAAAUCCAGCAAGUUCUUUGAAUCCUGUCUGCAGAAUUCCUAUGAGCAUGUCUACUGUAGUCUUGAAGAAUUUUUCUCAAAGUAUGCCAGGCAUCUCAAGCUCAGCACUGGUGGGGACCACAUCAUCUACCAAGAGUAGUCACCAUGAAGUGAAAUUCCAAGUACAGAGGAAAAAUGAAGCUCCAAGUUAUAUAGCUGUACCUGACCCCAGUGUCCUGAAACAAGGCUUCUCUAAGGACCCUUCAACCUGGUCUGUGGAUGAAGUGAUACAGUUUAUGAAACAUAAAGAUCCUCAGAUAUCAGGCCCCCUCGCCGACCUCUUCAAGCAACAUGAAAUUGAUGGAAAGGCUUUGCUACUACUCAAGAGUGACAUGAUGAUGAAGUAUAUGGGACUGAAGCUGGGGCCGGCACUAAAGUUAUGUUACUACAUUGAAAAACUUAAAGAAGGAAAAUACAAUUGA